AUGAAAACACCAUGUUUCAUUACCAAAGUUACUGGAAAAAACGCUGGAAAUAGUUUUGGAUUGCGUAUCGAAUCAUGGCACAAAGGAUUUAUAUGGUGUUCAUCAAAUUCAAAAAUUCAGUUAACAGUAACUCAAAGUGGUUUACAUAAUCCAUUAGUAGUUUUUUUUGCUGUGUUCCGUGUAUAUCAAUGUCAAUAUCCAGAUGAACUUAAGCCAUCAUUUGACGAAUUAUUUUCAUUUUUUUAA